UUUACCCGUGUCAGUUAACAACCAAGAAUCAAUGGAUACUUCAACAACAGAUGUCAUGUUAUAUGCAUUAUCGAAAUUGGUUUCAUUACGCACAGUUAGUGGAAAUGACAAAUAUCUUGAAGAAUGCUUUCGUGGUGCAAAACUUCUGAAAAGUAUUUUUGAACAAUUAGGCGCUGAAGCUUUUUUGCUUCCAGGAAUUCCUGGUCGGAACCCUUUAGUAAUUGGCAAAUUCUUAGGAAUUAAAGGCAAUGAAUUGGCUACUUCUUCCACCAAUGUUCAGAAAACACUUAAUAUUUUGGUUUAUGGACAUUAUGAUAUCGUUGAUGCUGAAGAAGAAGCGUGGCUAUCUAACCCUUUCGAAAUGCUUGGAAAAGAUGGUUAUCUUUAUGGAAGAGGAGUAACUGAUAAUAAAGGACCGAUGUUAGCAGCAAUGUUUGCGGCCAGUGAAUUGCGACAAGAAAAAGGGUUAAAAACAAAUGUGUCCUUUGUAAUCGAAGGUGAAGAAGAAAAUGGUAGUGAAGGGUUUCAUAAUAUUAUUGAUGAUUCAAAGGAAUUGAUUGGAGAUGCAGAUGUUAUUUUCGUCAGCAAUUCUUAUUGGCUUGAUGAUGAGACACCAUGCUUAACUUACGGUCUUCGAGGAGUUAUUCGUGCUACAAUUGAGAUCUCAAGUUCAAAAGAUGAUGUACAUUCAGGUGUGGAAGGUGGAGCUGUUUCGGAAUCACUGAACGAUUUGAUUCGGGUAUUGGCAAAAUUGGUUUCUAAUGAUAAUCAUAUUCUGAUACCUGGGUUUUAUGAUAAAGUCAGACCGAUUACAGAAUAUGAAGAAAAGUUGUAUGAGCCUAUCGUGGAAUUAUGCACUAG